AUGAGUUGCCAAUCUUUUCCUUCGGCUGAUAGUUUCAUACCGCUGAACGCUGACGCUCCUGCCGCUCUGCCUCUGCUCAUGCAUCAUAGUGCUGCUGAGUGUCUGCCAGUCUCCAACCACACCACCAAUGUGAUGUCCACAGUCCCGUCUAUUUUGUCUUUGAUCCCAACUCCUAAAUGUUUGCACACAUGUUUCUUGGUGAUGACGUUGGGAAACCCAGCAACGGGACUUCAUUAUUCUGUUCCUUCCUGUCAUUACGGAAACCAGCCGUCAACCUACGGAGUAAUGGCAGGCAGUUUAACCCCUUGUCUGUAUAAGUUUCCUGAGCACACCUUGAGUCAUGGAUUCCCUCCCUUACAUCAACCUCUGCUGGCGGAGGAUCCCACGGCUGCCGAGUUCAAGCAGGAACUCAGGAGGAAAAGCAAACUGGCGGAAGAGCCAGUGGACAUGGAUUCUCCCGAAAUCCGGGAACUUGAAAAAUUUGCAAAUGAAUUUAAAGUGAGAAGAAUUAAGUUGGGCUACACCCAAACCAACGUCGGCGAAGCCCUGGCAGCUGUGCACGGCUCCGAAUUCAGUCAGACCACCAUCUGCCGGUUUGAGAACUUGCAGCUCAGCUUCAAAAACGCUUGCAAACUGAAAGCAAUAUUAUCCAAAUGGCUGGAGGAAGCCGAGCAAGUCGGAGCUUUAUACAAUGAAAAAGUGGGAGCAAAUGAAAGGAAAAGAAAACGGAGAACAACUAUAAGCAUUGCUGCUAAAGACGCUCUGGAAAGACACUUCGGAGAACAGAACAAACCUUCCUCUCAAGAGAUCAUGCGGAUGGCUGAAGAACUGAACCUGGAGAAAGAAGUAGUCAGAGUCUGGUUUUGCAAUCGAAGACAGAGAGAAAAGCGGGUAAAAACAAGUCUGAAUCAAAGUUUAUAUUCUCUUUCUAAGGAACAUCUGGAUUGCAGAUAA